AAUGGAAUCCCAGUAUUGUUUAUAACAUUUCAUCUUUCACUUCCUUUUCUCCUUUGCUCCUGCCUCCAUGAAUUAAUCAAUUUAACAAGUCUCUCCCGGGGCUCCUCUGGUAGCAGGUAGCCCCUUAAUCAUCUAUCCAUGGAGCCUCAUCAUUCAAACAACAACCAUGCAUCUCCACCUCCACCUCCACCUCCCCCGCGUCCAGCACCACACUGGACGACAUCGACGUCACAGGCCGAGCUGCCAAUGCCACCACAAUCACCACCCCUGCCCGCACCACAUCACUGGCCAUUAAUGACGACAUCCCCGCCAAUGUCACAGGCCGAAAUGCCACCACAAUAUUCACAACCAUACUGGCCAUCAGAAUCCCAGGAAUUUUAUUACCAACCAAUGGUCAUGCCACCACCGCUGCAUUACCAGCCCGCACCACCUGGCAUGUAUGAUCCUCCACCAGGCCAAUACAAUGGUGACCCUGGGAUGCUCGCUCCCUAUGUCCCGGCUUACGAGUACAAUUAUCCAGGAUACCAACGCACUUGGUCCACCGAUCUCUGCGAUUGUCGAUCUGAUUGUCGCAAUUGUUUAAUGACAGGAUGUUGCCCUUGUGUGACUUUCGGCCAAGUAUCAGAAAUCGUAAACCAAGGCCAGACAUCUUGCUGGGAAGGAUGCUUCAUGUAUGGAUUAUUGAGCGUAAUUCUUGGACUAUCCACGGGAGGUAUAUGUACAGGUAUAUUCGGAGGAUUCUACAGAUAUAAACUCAGAGAAAAAUACAAGUUGAGGGGGACUGUGUUCAACGACUUUCUUGUUCAUGCUCUAUGCGAGCCCUGCGCCUUGUGUCAAGAGUAUCGGGAGCUAGGUCGCUUCGGAUUUGAAGUGCCUCUAGGGUGGAAGCGAAAUAUGGAGAUGCAAAAGGCAGCCACAGCAGUAUAUCAAGUUGCACCAGUUAUUGAACAGGGCAUGAUGCGAUGAAAUUUUGGAUAUAUACACAUGUUGUUUUUUAUGUGUUAAUGUAUUCCGGAAUUCGGAUGAUUAAGUGCAGGUUUUACCUGGAGAGACUUGUAAUCUAGUUUUUGGUGGGAGCAAAUUAUCUUUAUUUAUCCUUGGUUUUUAAAGAUCAUUAUUUAUCCUUCGUUUUUAAUGCU